AAGUUCCAUAUCAAGUCUGGAAUGGAGUUUUUAAAGGAACGUGAAGAAGAAAAAGAUGGAAUUCUGAGUGUCUGGCAAGGUUACCAAGGAAAUGUAGAAUUGGUGUCCUUUCCAGUACUAUCCAGGAAGCAGAUCAAGAGAGUUGCAUUAGGGGGAGACCACUCUGUAUUUCUGACUUGUGAUCAGGAAGUGUUCUCCUGUGGGAAGAACAACUAUGGGCAGCUUGGUAUCGGGGAGUUGGAUACAGAGUAUGCCUUUGAUCCUGUGCUAGUAACAGCUCUGGAUGGUUGUGAUGUGGUGGAGGUUGCAUGCGGAUCCAACCAUUGUGCUGUUGUUACAAAGAAUGGUCUUUGUCUUUGUUGGGGAGAAUCAAAACAUGGACAGUGUGGUCUUCAACAAGACAGAGUUAUCUCCCCUCAUCAGAUUGUCAUCCAACAGGUGUCAGGUAACAUUUGUGAACAUGGAGUUCAAGCUGAAGCUAAUACAGUUCGACUUACAAGUGUGGCAUGUGGUUCCACUCAUACUCUGGGACUGUCAGUCAAUUCAGAAUUGUGGGUAUGGGGAAGUGGGCCAGGGAUAGGAAUAGAGGGCACCACUGGUGCCUCUCCGCCAACUCAGAUAGAGGCUAUGUUGGGGAAAAAGGUCAUCAGUAUCUGUUGUGGUGACAGUCACUGUAUAGUGUUGGCAGAGAAGGGUGUUACCACUGAAAGUGACAGAGAAAAACGACAAAGUACUUCUUCAAAUGUUGAACUGAAGGCACAUAAGUUUUAUCCUUCAACUUGUGCAAAAUGUCAGGCUGAGAUCUAUACCUAUAUGGACACCAGUGAUACAUGCAUAAUAAGUAAUGAACACAGCUGUGAACAUUCCCAGCCAAUGCCAGUGGAUUUAACAGGGGAAAGUACUACAAAUAACCAAUCAGCAGACAGGUUACAUCAAAGCGUACCACAUGCACCAACAGAUGCUGAGGACCGAAAGGACCACGAGGAAGAUGUCAACAAAAAAAGUGAAAUUGAAAGUGCUGAUUUGAUUCCACAAAAGGCAGGAAAAGAAGAUUCUUGCAAGGAACAAGAAAAAAUGGAUGAAAGUAAAGUGAUUGAAAGUAAAGAACCCUCCACAGGUGAUCCUGAUAUUGGUAGUGAUGUUAUUGUUCCAAGUGGUAAAGGGGAAGAUACACAGCAGACAGGAAGUGGUCAACUGACGUGUGAUCUGGAGGUCAAGAGUGACCAGGUUGCUAACAAUGGCUCAAAACCAAUAAGCAGUGAUCUAUUACAUCAGGUUUCUAAAACUUCCAGUGUUGUUCCUGAUGACGAAAAAUCCACUGAAGAGAGCAUUCAGGAAAAAGGAUCAUCCUUAACUGUUGAACAGAUUGAGGACAAACAAAGCAGUACCACAGUUGUAGGUAGGUCCACAAGUUUUAUGGAUGGGAAUGAGGCUCUUGAGUUCCUGUCAAAACAAUACGAGGAUAAGGACCUCGCAGAAAUACGUCCUAAGACUGUUGAGCAGCGAUCAACACUUGGUCAUCUUUGGUCAGCUUUGCCGUCCAGUCCUAAUAAGGUACUGAUGCAGAUGUCUGCAGUACAGCAACAGGUGUCAUCCAUGACCAGCAAGGCCAUUUCGUCUGUAACGGACAAACUGCCAUUUACUUCCCUUCAAUCCAAUAAGGAUCCAGUUACCUGGGACCUUGGAAAUGUCCCAAUGGAAGCUGAGGUAGAAAACCAUGUGGAAGAUGGACAUGAUAUGUCCGAGUCCAACAGUUCCUUGGAUGAGCAGAGUAUGUCCACACCAAGUGGAGACGAUGAUCAGGUGUCUGAAAAUGCCUCGCCCCAGAUGGCAGAGUCAAGUUUUAUAGAAAGGAUUAAUGAGCAUACUCCUCUGGUUGAUUCUAGUAUUGAAGAUUUACGAGAUGGGGAGACAACUUCAGAAAGAAAGUCACUGUCUGUCCGAACUUUACAAGUCAAGGAGGAACAACUGAACAGGAGAGCAUCUGUCCUCGGUUCCAAGCCAGACCUUGUUGCGCCUACAAAAGACGUAAUUCUGGAUACAGAAGUUUGGUCCUGGGGACGGAACUUUAGGGGCCAGUUAGGGACAGGAGAUUCUAUAGACAGAAGCAAGCCAUGUUUGGUCAAGCUACUGAAUGGGAAACAAGUUGUCAAGAUUGUUGCUGGAUCCCAGCAUUCUUUAGCACUUACAGCAGAUUCUCAGGUUUACAGUUGGGGAUCCAAUGUUUCUAAACAGCUUGGCCACAGUGAGGAAAGCUCAAAACCGACUAAACUCAAGAUAAUGUCUGGCUGUCAUAUCUGGGACAUAGCUGCUGGGGAGUGUUUCUCUGUAUUUCUCAUGGACAGGUCAGGAUUCCAGCCAGAAGUCCACUAUGUUGGAAAACACCCUUGUCAGGAUGUGUUUGUGCCAAUUUACAAAACAGACAGGCUAGUAUCACUCAGUUUUCUCAAACAGGCGGGUUGGAUUCGUGCCCUAUCUGCAGGGGGAGAUAACUGUGCUUGUCUUUCCUGUUGGAGCUUUUCCGGACAUAUUGGUUCUGUGUUUGAACUUCUGUCACAAGAACGAAGAUUUUUCCAUCAUCUGUCACGCAUAAGAAAACUUGUAGUUAACAUCCUUCAACGUCACACAUUUUACACCACCUUGGAUGUCUAUCCAUACAAGUCAACAUUACAAAACCUGCUGUCAUCAUUCCUCAAACUACACCAACAGGUUGGACAGUGCUAUGUGGAAAUGAACCAGAUGGUCAGAGAUGGUGAAAAUGUAUUAAAUUCAUCAUUUUUUCGUAACUUUGGAAACCUGGCAGAUGAUGUGAAACGUUACACAAUUGCAUUUGGUGACAUGCUUGGAAUUAGUGGGUUUGAAUACUGUGGGAAAACAGGCAGUGCUUUCUUUGAGACCAUAGUUAAAGUGUUCACACUGAUAUUGGAGGAGAAAAAAGUUGAGAAAGCUCAGUUUGGUAGCUUAUUCCGAAAGCUAAUGGCUGCUCCUCUGCAACACAUCAAAGAGUACAGUAGAAUGGCUGACAAACUAGCAGGCAAUUAUCAAAGUGGUUCAGAAGAGUUUGAUUUACUAAACAAAGUCUCAGUGAGAUGGAGCAGCCUGCAGCAUUUUAUUGCAGUGGAACAAACCAUGGCUGAUAACACUAGUAUGUUCUGGGAAACGAUCAACCAACAGAAACUUGUGGAUGCCCUGAAGAUCCCGAGUCGACGUGUGGUACGAGACAGUAAGACACACCCUCUAUCUCUCCAAGGAGCUGGUCGUUUCUCAGCUAAUUACUUUGUCCUCUUCAAUGACUUGUUUGUCCAUAUCCAGUACUCAAGCUUUCAAGUGUACAAGUUAGAGACACUGUGGGUUGAAGCUCCCUCUAGUGACGGUGACAAAAAACAACAUCUGAUAACCAUAACAGCUCCAGAAGACAAAUUGUUCCUUCUAGCAUCAUCAACAGCCAUCAAGACAGAGUGGAUUAUGGCACUGAACUCAACUAUCAAUAAAGUGAUCACAAGUCAGAAGUCAGUAACGAGGCGUGGCAGUAUGGAACGCAUGGCGCCUCCUAGUGUCAGACAGGCAACACACACAUUUGCUAAACACAGUAUUUACAAAGAUGCUUGUUACACAGGGACUUUUCUCAAUGGCCUCGUUCACGGACAUGGUGAGAUGAAGUGGAGCGAUGGAAGGAAAUACACAGGCAGCUUUAAGGAAGGAAAACAGCAUGGCCAUGGACGUUUACUGAUUCUCCAGGAUGAUGGCAAUGAACGUUGUCAAGAAGGGUACUGGAGAGACGGACGACUGCAUGGCAUCGGGAAAGUCAAAUAUUCCAAUGGAGAUGUGUACGAGGGGUACUUUAAGGAAGGCAUGAGACAAGGACAUGGAACAUAUCGUCAUGGAGGUCACAACAGUAAUUCUGCCAGUAUAUAUAUCGGGGAAUGGAAUGUGGACCAGAAACAAGGAUAUGGAGUCAUUGAUGAUGUACUCAAAGGAGAGAAGUACAUGGGAAUGUGGAAUGAUGGCAAUCGUCAUGGAAACGGAAUUGUUGUUACUCUGGAUGGCAUGUACUUUGAAGGAAACUUCACUGCUGGAAAAAUGACUGGAUUUGGACUGAUGCUGACAGAUGACAACAGUUGUUAUGAAGGAGAGUUCUCUGGUAUCACACAGUUACAGGGAAAGGGGGUGCUGACAUUACCGACGGGUGACAAGAUUGACGGCACAUUUAACGGGAGCUGGAAUGAAGGACUUAAGAUAAACGGCACCUUCCAUAAGACACUGACAAUUGAGGAACGCCGUUCCAACCAUCCCAUUGGUCUCAACUCCAGCUCUUUCACAAAGCUGUGUGUUCCUCCAGACAAACGCUGGUCUGAUAUGUUCUUCCACUGUUCUUCCAUCCUUGGGUUCAAAGGGCGUGGCAAACCUGACACUGCGAAGGCCUGGGAGGCAGUGGCUGUCAUGGUAACCAAGGGCCGAGAGUCUUUGCGCGAGGCAAAACAAAGGGGAACACUUCGUCGAGGAACUAAGAUGGAGCAGCUAGAGGACCUAGAGAAAAUUCCCCCUUUCAACACUGGCAAGAUGACUAUAGAAAUAUACUCCCAGAUCAAGAUCUACCUCCAAAAGGCCUUUGAUACCAACUUUCAUCCACUGGGACAACUGAUGGAGGGACUUGUGGACGUGUUCCGGGCCGCUUACAUUGGAGUUGGAGCACAUCCUAGACUUCUUACUCACGCUGUUCAGGAAGUUAAAUCAUUCAUCAAAAGAUUGUUUAAGAUAGUACGAAUCUUGUUUCCUGACCUACCUGUCAAUGCAGGACCAUUACAGAUUGUGUCUGAAGAUGUCCUAAAUAGAAAAAAGGAUUCUCCACGAAGUGACACAGAGUCUAUUGAUAGUGGUCUACUGGAAGUUGAUGAGAAAAUAGAAAUUGUGACAGCAGGAAGUCUAUUACAACCUCUUCUCCUUCCAAAGAUUUAUCCCCCCUUAUUUGACUUGUAUGCUCUGUACAAUGACAAAGAGGAUGAGAGAUAUUGGGAGAGAGUACAGAAACUCAACAAACAAGGAGACAUGGCCCUGAUGGCAUACCUUGGUAUAGAUCAGCGAUUCUGGUUGAUUGAAGAGACCCUGUUUCAGGACAAACGAAAGAGAUUGUCAAGUCUGCGUGAUCACUGCUACCUCUCCUCUGUGGAUACCUUACAGCAGAUCAGCACGGCAUUCAGCCCCAAGGAAAAAUUAGAGGUUAUACAACAGACGUUCCUGGAAAUAACUAAGACUGUCCAGCAAGCACUCAAUGAGGACCAUGUCUGGUGUAUGGAUGAAUUGUUUCCUGUGUUCCAGUAUGUAGUGGUUCGCUCAAAGAUCCGACAUUUGGGGGCAGAAGUUCACUUGAUUGAGGAUCUGAUGGAAACUCACCUUGAAAAUGGAGAACUAGGAAUUAUGUUCACAACUCUCCACGCUUGUUACUAUCAAAUACAGAAUGAGAAGCUACCAAGCCACUGAACAGCAACAUCUUCCACCAAACGUGUGUCUAUAGAAACACAAGUUUAACCUGGCCUCUCCUGUCACAGUUAUAUUAUACCAGUAUAAUGAGUUAUCAUUGAUGUUGAAUUACACAACCUUACUGUAAAGAAAGUACCCACAAGAUCACACCUUUCCAUACUGGCUGUUGUAAACAGUAGACAAUAACUGGAAAGAUAUUUAACUUAGCAUAAUGUAUAUUUAUUGAACUUAUUGUUACAAGUUCUUAUUUUAUAAUUAAACGUACUUGGUGCAAUCUUGAAUCAUGUUUCUUGCCACCUCAGCUGAUGAUACUGUAAUUACUGUAUUUUUCUUUCUAUUUUUUUCAUUUUGAGAAUGGG